AUGGGUAAAAAUAAGAAAAAGGGCAAUAAAAAGCCUAAACAACCAGAUAAUAGUCACAAUAAUGAAACAGUCAGACCGGACUCUGAACCAACAAUACCAUUGAACGAAUCCGUCAAACUAGAAGAAAAUAAUGUUGAGGAGGUAACUGAUGAAAUGACGGAAGCCGCCGUUGUACCUUCUACACAUGGUACAACAGAUUCCAAUGUUGAGGUAAUUAAAACGUUGCAUGAUGAAAUAGAUGCAUUAAAGAAAGAAUUGGAGGAAGAAAAAUUAAAAACAGAAAAGGAAAAGGAAACAAAGGAGUUAACUGAGGAUUCUUCAGAUAUUUCUAAGUUACAAAAAGAACGUGAUCACUUCGAAGAACAAUAUAAUACUUUGUUAAACCGAUUAUCAGCAAUGAAGACCAUCUUCAACAAUAUGAAAGAAGCUCAAUUGGAAUUAGAGACGACGAAGGAUCAAUUGAAUGAAUAUGAAUCUCAGAAUCUAAAGCUUAAAAACAAAAUCACAACGAUAAAUACAGAAAAUGAAGAAUUGAAAGCAACUGUGGUGACAUUGAACAAAGAGUUCUCGAAUUUGGAAGAAGAAAAUGAAUCCCUAAAUUCAAAUAUUAAAAAACUUGAGAAUUAUAAGAACAAAAUUGAAUCAGAAAUUGAAGAUGCUUCCCAAACAAGUUCUGUCGAAUUGAAAAAGAUGAUAGACCGUAAUGAUAAAUUGAACAUUCAAAUAGAAGACCUAACUUUAAUUUUGGAUACACAGAAGCAAAGUAUUUCUGACUUAACAAAUGAAAGAGAUGACCUAAAGGAAACCUUAAAUAAGAUCCAGGAGGAACAAAAAACUCAAAUUUCCACUAUUAAUAAGUUAGAACAGGAACUUGAAUCUAUCGACAAUUCUUCAAAAUCAGAAAUUAAUGAAAAGAACCAGGAAAUCAAGGCACUGCGUGUUCAACUUGAUGGUCGUGAAGAAACCAAUAAGGAACUAGAAGGACAAAUUCAAGCAUUAAACUCGGAUAUUAAAUCAUUACAAGAAAAUGUUGCUGGAAAUGAGCAACUCGAAAAGAAGACCAAGGAUCAAGUAUUGCAAAUCGGUAAAUUGAAACACGAAGCUAUCAUACUUAACGAACAUUUAAAGAAAGCAUUAGCAAUGUUGAAACAAUCUAGUGACUCCGAAACUGUGGACAAAGAAUUAAUAUCUAAUCUAUUAAUUUCCUUCGUAUCAAUACCAAGAGCUGACCCUAAAAAAUUCGAAGUUCUUGAGCUUUUGUCAAGCUUCCUGAAUUGGGAUGAUGACAAGAAGAGACAGGCGGGUUUACUAUACAGCUCUGAUAAUGGUAACAAUUCAGGACAAUCUACUUCUAAGACACAGAGUUUUGUUGCAUUGUGGACAGAAUUUCUUGAAAGAGAGAGUGAAAAGGAAAUUUAA